AUGCUGAAGGCUGCGAUGCGGCUGGUGGGAAGCCCCGGUGCGGUGUCGGCCACCGAGGUGCUGCUGGUGGCCGCGGCGUUCUGCCUGGUGUUCCUGCUGCUCCAGUGGCUGCAGCAGCAGCAGCAGCAGCAGCAGCAGCCCGUGCCCUCGGGGCUGCGGAGGCCGCCGGGCCCGCGGGGGUAUCCCGUGCUGGGGAAUGUGCUGGAGCUGCGCAAGGACACGCACCUGGCGCUGACGCGGCUGAGCCGGCGCUACGGGGACGUGAUGGAGGUGCGCAUCGGCACCCGGCCCGUGCUGGUGCUCAGCGGGCUGGACACCAUCAGGCAAGCCCUGGUCAAGCAAGGAGAGGACUUCAUGGGCCGCCCCGACCUCCACAGCUUUCGCUUUGUCACGGACGGGCAGAGCCUGACGUUCAGCCCCGACUCCGGGGAGGUGUGGAAGGCUCGCAGGAAGCUGGCCCAGAGUGCCCUGAAGAGCUUCUCGGUCGCCCCCAGCCCCACCUCGUCCUCCAGCUGCCUGCUGGAGGAACACGUCUCCCAGGAGGCCGAGUACCUGGUCAGUAAAUUCCUGCAGCUGAUGGAGGAGGAGAAGAGGUUUGAGCCCUACCGUUACCUGGUGGUGUCGGUGGCCAAUGUCAUCUGUGCCAUGUGCUUCGGCAAGCGCUACGAGCACGAGGACCAGGAGCUGCUCAGCCUGGUGAAUUCAGCUGAGGAGUUCACUGACGUGGCUGCUGCUGGCAACCCUGCCGACUUCAUCCCCCUGCUCCGCUACCUCCCCAGCCACAGCAUGAAGUUGUUUCUAGAUUUCAACAGGUGCUUGCUCGGCUUCUUGCAGAAGAGGGUCAAGGAACAUUACGAGACCUACGACGCGAACAACAUCCGGGACAUCACGGACUCCCUCAUUGAGCAGUGCCUGGACAAAAAACUGGGAACGACCACGGCCACACAGAUCCCCAAGGAGAAGAUCGUCAACCUUGUGAACGACCUCUUUGGAGCAGGCUUCGACACCAUAACCACAGCCCUGUCCUGGAGCCUCAUGUACCUUGUGACCUACCCCAACACCCAGAAGAGGAUCCAGGAAGAGCUCGACCAGACCAUCGGGCAGGAGAGGCGGCCAAGGCUGUCGGACCAGGGCACGCUGCCCUACACGGAAUCCUUUAUCCUGGAGAUGUUCAGGCAUUCCUCCUUCGUGCCCUUGGCCAUCCCACACAGCACAACCAAGGACACGGUGUUGAAUGGCUACUACAUCCCAAAGGAUCGCUGUGUGUUCAUCAACCAGUGGCAAGUGAACCAUGACGAGAAGCUUUGGAAGGACCCAGAAACUUUCAACCCCGAGCGUUUCCUCAGUGCUGACGGGACCAAGGUGAAAAAAGAGGACGGGGAGAAGGUGCUGAUGUUUGGCCUGGGCAAGAGGAGGUGCAUUGGGGAGAACAUUGCCAGGGGGCAGGUGUUCCUCUUCCUGGCCACGCUGCUCCAGCAGCUGGAGUUCAGCAUCUGUGAGGGCAGCACGGUGGACAUGACCCCGCUGUACGGACUGUCCCUGAAGCACAGGAGGUGUGAGCACUUCCAGGCCAGGCCGCGCUUCCCCAUGAAGGGCAGGAGCUGA